AGGUUGUUUCAGUAUUUGAAAAAAUGGGGAGAUCGAAUUCAAGGUCCCAUUCUUCAAGAUCGAAAUCUCGUUCGCCGUCAUCUUCUCGAUCAAGGUCGCAUUCCAGGAAGAAAAGAUACAGUUCCAGAUCUCGGUCAAGAACAUAUUCCCGAUCACGGAGCAGAGAAAGGGUUUACAACAGAGAUUACAACAGAGAUUUCCGUAGAGAUUAUAGAAAUAAUAGAGGAAUGAGGCGCCCCUAUGGCUUUAGGGGAAGAGUAAGAGGUUAUUACCAAGGAGGAGGUGGUAGAUAUCAUCGUGGUGGUUACAGGCCAGGAUGGAACCGUAGGUAUUCACGAAGUCCUCGGCGUGGCCGGUCUCGCUCCAGAAGUCCAAAACGGAGAUCUGCAUCAUCUCAAAGAUCUAGAAGCCGAUCCCAUAGAUCUUACAAGUCCUCACAGUCACCAAGGUCAUCAACUUCUCGUUCUUCUUCCCGCUAUAGCAAGUCACCAGUGGCAAAACCUCGUACAUCUGAAGAGAAAGCCAGACAAAAAAAUGAAGGGGCUGACAAAUCAGAAAGUCCCCCCAAUGAUAAAUCGGGUGAUGAGCAUAAAGAUGCAUUUGACCCCUCCGAACCAAUAGAUGAGCUUGGCAAAGAACUUGAUUUGCAUGGUGAGAGCUGGGCAGGACUAUCUGCCUAUGAUAACAGUCCGCGGUCUCCUAGCAGUCCAUCCCUGGUGGCCUCACCACCCAGUCAGAGCUCCUCUCAGUCUGACUGUCCAAUCCUGAGUAUAGUACACUCAGGUAAGGAUACCUUGUCUCAGAAUUCACAUUCCAUUGCUCACAGCCCUGAAAGAUCAGUCUCUGGGUCUGCUGGCAAUAGUUCGACACGAUACAGCCCUUCCCAGAAUAGCCCACUUGACAUCCCUUCUCAAAAGAGUCCAGCAAAGACUGUGCUAUCUCAGCAUCCUUUACGUGAUGAGGGGCACUCCCACUACUCGCAUUAUGCUGAUGAAGAAGAACAAGGGACUGCUAAAGGUACAAAGAUACCUAAAAGGUAUACAGAUGAAGAGCAUAGGUUAUUUCCUAUUGAACGAGUAAAUGUUAGAGAGAAAGACAGCCAAAAGGAAAAGGCAUUAGAGAAGUCUAAAACGGAACCAUCCAGAAGCUGGGGUAGUUCUGAUGCUUUGGACUAUUUAUUUGAAAAAGAGCCUGAUAAAACUCCAUUCUUAGCUACUUCUGAAAAUGAAGAGGAAGUGGAGGAUUAUAGGCAGUUCAGGAAGGCUGUGCUAGCUGAUCAAGGCAAAGGUUUUUCUUCUGCAUCCCAUUGGAUUUCUGAGGAGGAAGGGGCAAAAUAUAAGUCCAAGACUCAGACAAAGGUUACUAAAGAAGGGGAAAAGAGUAGGGAAAGUAAGGGUCAUAAAGUGUCUUCUAAAGACAAACAUAAAGAUGAUGAUCGAGAUAUUGAUAGGCCUUCAGCUAAAAAAGAUUCUAAAUCACCUGAGCCAAUUAAAUCUGAAAAGAUGAUAAAAGAUCCCUUUAGUUAUAAACUUCCAUUACAGCAAAGCGAUGAAGUGAAGGAAAAUGUAUUAUUAAGGGAGGAAAGUCCACUUAGAAUCAGGAUGAUAGCAACAGAGUCUAACCGCCCUGAGGUCAAGCUCCGGAUAACAACUGUACCCCUUGAUGAUGCCAGGCCAUCAACUCUGGCUAAUGAUCGCCUGCUAGCCAGUACUCUUGUACAUUCAGUCAAGAGACAGAAAGAUUUCAGAUCCAUCUUUGACCAUAUGAAGGUGCCCUUCUCCAGCAAAACCUCUCCUGAAUCAUUUAUCUACCAUGUUGUGGCAUUAGUACAGUUCGUCAAAGAGCAUUACUUCAAAGGUGAAGGAAAGACCCUUAAUGAGAGGUUUGCAGAAUAUCAGAAUGUCACAGAGGAGCGUGUAGGCCAUCCAAAAAGUCCUGAGAUACACAGGAAAAUAGAUUUGUCUCCUAAGGUCCAGAGAAGACAGUCAUGUGUUAAGAAUGAAGAUCAGAUCUUGGUUGUAAAGGAAGAUCAUGUAAAGGUAGAAAAAAAGGUAAAGAGACAUGAUAACUCCACUGAUGUGAGGAGUGAUCGCAAGAAGGAGCACAGUAAAGAACGAGGGGAAUCAAAAUGCUCUCGGGAUUCGAGUGAUUCUCGCAAGCGAGAAAAGGCACAUAAAGACUUAAAAGAAUCUAAGAUCUUCAAGGAAGAGAGCAAAAAGAGAAAGGAAAAUGAGCCCUCUCCUCUAUCAGAUAAGGAUAGUAAGAAGGAAACCAGGGAUGAAGAGUUCAAAGAUCCUUUGGAGCCCAAAGAAUAUGCAGGUUUUCUAGGACUCAGCAGGCCUAGAGGAACAUUUCAGUUUCGAAUCAGAGGCAGAGGUCGUGCACGAGGGGUGUUUGCUGGGACAAGUGCUGCUCCUGUGAAUACAUCGCCAAAUUUCCAAAAGCGUCCUAAAGAGGAGGAGUGGGAUCCAGAAUAUACUCCUAAAAGCAAGAAAUACUUCCUGCAUGAUGACCGAGAUGAUGGAGUGGAUUACUGGGCAAGAAGAGCAAGGGGUCGUGGCAACUUCCAACGUGGGAGGGGACGGUUUCCCUUUAAAAAGUCUGGAAGCAGUCCAAAAUGGACCCAUGACAAAUACCAAGGAGAUGGUCUUAUAGAAGAUGAGGAUGAAGUAUUGGAAGAUAGGCGCAAAGAGGAGAAGGAAUGAUGUAUUUAAAGAGAUGAAACCACAGAAGUUAUGUUUUUA